GCGAGGGUCCUGAACCUUCUUAAAGAUUGCUUCUUUAUCCGCGACCCACUAGCCCUGAAGCUGCUUGGCAACUUUGAAGCAUUUACACUUGACGCUAACGACUUAGGCUUACUUUUCUCCGAGGAUUACUAUGAGCAUGGAAUCCGAAUAAAUUUUAAACUUCCACCGAUAGACAUUCCACCUUCAGCCAAGGCCUCUCCUUAUGUAGAUUCGCAGGGUAUCUUUCAUUGGCCCCUGCUAUUUAUGUAUCCUGAAUAUGGCCAGACUGAUUUCUUUCGUGAUGUGCCUGAAACCUCAAGUGUGGAUUCUUGCCUUUCUGAGGCUUUCGAGCCAUCCCAACCACCUUCGUGGGAUCAAGGGCUCAAAUACAACUUCGCCGAUGGUAAUCUAGAGCAAUUUUUGUGA